AUGGCCGUGGUGGAGAGGAUCCUGCGGUGGCCGGGCGUGGACUUGAACCACGAGGACCGCGACGGGUGCACGGCCGUCGACUUGGCAGCGAGGGAAGGGCACACAGAGAUUGUGAGCCUGCUGCUGGAAAGGCCCGAGUUGACGGUCGACUGGGACGCAAACCGGCGGGCAAACCCUCUUUGUCUGGCGGUAAAGAACGGCCACGAAGAGACCGUGAGGAGGAUGCUCGAGCGACACGAUGAUCGCGUCAGCGUCAACUCGCGGGCCGCUAAUGGCCGCACGCCCCUCUGCCAUGCGAUAGUCCAUGGCCACGACACAUUGAUAGCGCUGCUGUUUGAGCAUCCAGAGCUCGACGUCAAUGUGCCAGUCGACUUCGCCGCCACUGCCCUCCACCUCGCCGCAGUCUACCUGGCAGACGAGGACAUGCUCAUCAUGCUUCUCGAGGAUCCCAGGAUAGACGUCAACGUCGGCGACUGCUUUGGGGCCUCCUCACUCGUCAACGCGGUGAAGAAGGGAUGCGACUGGGCGAUACAGCUCGUCCUUCAGCGGCCUGACAUCGAGCCCGACCAAAAGGACGGUGUAGGGAUGAAUGCUCUCUCGUGGGCGGCACACUUCGGCCGCCACGCCAUCGUAGAGAUGCUGCUCGACCGGCAGGACGUUGAUCCCAACACCAGGGACGACGACGGCGUGACGCCUCUCCACUUGGCC